GCGUAAUAAAGCGUACAGCUUUUACAAUUAUAAUGGGGUUUGCAAAAGUUCCAGAUGAUCUCGAAUUUAUCAUGCUGUGCUAUAUGAUAUCGGCCCUUCUCAUGCCACUUUUCUUAUUUCUUUCCGUUUUCUUCUACGUAUUCAGAUUUUUGCUGGCGGUAUAUCUGAAAAUUCGUUACGGUGAAAAAUUUAUAGGGCUCAUUAAGGGCGGCGAUUCGCUUUGGUCGUUAGGAAAACCGAAUGAAUCGACCAUAACAAUCUUACUGGCCGCAUCAUUAAAGAAUGAAGAGCUUCCUACCUUCAUUGAUGGAGUGAAGGAGAAAAUUACAACGGAAAUUCUUAACAAAAAGGAAAAAAUUCCCAAAUUAACCAGCUCGGUUCAUUGUUUAAUGGGAUAUGGCUACUUGUUGCGCAACAACUGCAAAGCCGAAGAAAUCGUCUCGACGAUAAAAAUUGAUGAAAAUAGUGAUAUAAGUUCCGAUGAAUUAAUUGGUGAUAUUAGUAGCAGGCAGUUACCUUUUAACAACCGUUUUCCAUGGGAAUUGGUAGCUAUAGACGCCCCUACAUCAUGGAAAAUUGAACAAAAUAUAAGCGAAAACCACUGUAUGCUGGUGUUGCGGAUUCACCACAUUAUCGGAGAUGGCAUGUCUGUAGCGACAGCCUUAGUGAAAAUAUUUUCAGAUAAACCUGUAGAUUUCGCCAAAUACGCAAUAGAAUCAAUCAAAUACAGCGAACCAGUUAAACCUCCUACGUACGUAAGAAUUUUGCUUUUUUUACACCAACUAAUGUUGACGCCGGGAUACAUUUUUCUGAACAAACUAUUUCUGUCUGAUGCAAAAAAUGGGGAAAAAAUUUUCGAACCAUCUCCCUUAUCAAGCAAAAAGUACGUCUAUACUGCUAGUGAUAUUGAUGGGUCGAUUAUGGAAACAGUCAAAAGAAUAAAAAAGAACAUUGGUAACGCCACUUUUAUUGAAAUUAUGCUAACGGCUCUAUCCAAAAGUCUCAACAACUAUUUCGAUAAAGCAGAAGACCAAAAACCUGAUAUACUUGUUCAGGCUUUACCGUUCAUAACGAGUAUGCCAAACAGUUCUGAAUAUGCCGAACUUUCAAAUAAUAUUUCUAUACUGCGAUGUCCUAUACCAGUUAUAGUCAACUCAGAAUCGUUUACAGUGCGACUGAACAAGGUUAAGGAAUAUUUGAGGAAUUCGAGAAAUAUUAUCGACACUCAGGUGAGACAAUUUGGUUGGAAUCAUUUAGCCGGACUUUGGCCUGGACACGUUAUUUUGCCAUCUGAAAAAUGGGAGACAGCGAUGAUCGUUAGUAAUAUACCUGGAUGCCCAAGAUUCACAAGCGUAGGUCACGAAAUGGAACAUAUUUAUUUUUAUCCACCGCAAGUCAAAGCGAUAGGGAUGUUUUGUACAUUUUUUACGUACGACAACAAAUUGCAAAUUUGUAUAACAAUCAACGAGAGCGCGUUGAAGUCUCGAAUUCAUUAUAAAAAUAUAGCCAAUGACAUUAUAGAUGCUAUUAAAAAUUUCGAUGAACAAAUUUCUAAUAAAGUUAUGUAG